AUGGGUGAUCUCAUUCAGAGCCUCUCUGUGGCCAUUCUCUUUGCAGAAUUCAUAUUUGGAAUCUCAGCAAAUGGAUUCAUAGCAGUGGUGAACAUCAUGGACUUGGUCAAGAGAAGAAAUAUCUCUUCAGUGGAUCAGAUUAUCACUGCUCUGGCCAUCUGCAGGUUCACUGAAUUCUCAUUUGUAAUUAUAAUUGCAUAUCUAUAUAAUGUCUGGUCAGAUUUGUUGAUUCGUGAGAAUAUGAUAAAGAUAAUUACUGUUUUAUUGACAGUGUCCAAUCAUUUCAACGUCUGGCUUGCUACAUGCCUCAGUAUCUUUUAUUUUCUCAAAAUAGGUAAUUUUUUCAACUCUAUCUUUCUUUACCUAAAGUGGAGAGUUAACAAGGUGGUCCCAGUAAUACUACUGGCAUCUCUGGUUCUUUUAUUUUCUAACAUCAUAGCUACAAACAUACAACUUGAUGCCUGGUUUGAUGGAUUUAAAAGUAACAUGUCUUUUAGUUCUAUCUUGGAGAAUUCUGUGCAACUUAGCAAAAUUAUUUUAUUAACCAAAUACAUAUUCACAUUCAUACCCUUAACUGUGUCCUUAAUGACAUUUUUCCUGCUCAGCACUUCUCUGUGGAGACAUCUGAAGAUCAUGCAGCUCAAUGCAAGAGAAUCCAGACAUGCAAGUACCACAGCCCACAUCAGAGCUCUACAGACUGUCACUGCAUUUCUCUUGCUGUAUGCCGUUGUCCUUCUGUUAUUUUUUGUUCUGAUUUCAAGAUUUGAAAUCCUGGAGAGACGCAUGCUGCUUUUUUAUCACCAGAUUAUUGGAUGUGCACAUCCUUCAGUCCACUCUUGUGUUUUGAUCCUGGCAGACAAUAAGCUGAGACAGGCUUCACUUAAGGUACUGUGGUGGCUGAGGGGCAAACCCCAAAACACUCAGCGCCUUGGUUCCUAA